AUGAACGCAUUUGACGCGUUCUCGGGACUUUUGUCCGCGUGGUUUGAGGCGCACGGUGUGACGGAGCACCUGCAGCGGCGACUGUACGAAAAGCUGCGCAACGACGCCUUUGACGCGGGGGAUGCCUUUUCCCUGGCUGCGGUGGCCGCGGAGGGGUCUGAAGAAGAGGCGACUUCCCCGCAAGAAGCUGAAGAAACAGUCCGCAGCGAAUACGUCCUCGUUUCUAAGAGGGAUUUGCGAGCCAAAGAAGACAUCUGGCUUGUGGAUCACUGCUGUACCUUUCGUCUCCGUGAAUUUCGGGAAAACUUGGAAGCGAAUGCUGCGCUUCGCGAGCGUUUGGGUCGCAUUCUCUCGCUGAGCCUGUCGCACACUAACGCGAGGGAAGACACGCAAAGUGUCUUUGAUAAUAUGUGGAGAAAAGUGAACUCCUAUCGGCUUCCCGGCAGCGUUGAUGAUAGCGAUGCUCUGUAUGAAAACUAUUGGUUCAUUCACGAUGAGGUUGGAAGCGCCAUCACCGUGGUGACGGAUGAACCUGGCAACAUGAAGUUGGAGCCGAUCCCUCUCUGCUUUCCAGAAAAGGGUGGUGUGUUCUCCGCGAUGUGGUGUGUGGAGGAGAUGGAGGAGGGCACCAUCGCCACACAGAGAGCCGAGACGCUGCUGGAAAGCCUUGGGGGAAAAGAAGUCGUGGAACUUCUGUAUGGGCUGGCGGGGCAAGAGAGGUACGUGGAUGCGCAGCGAGCCUGUCUGGAGGCUUGGCGGCUAGGGGUGGGGAGGCUUGAGGCCGUUGCUGCGGCCACGGCGGGCCAGGGUGACGCUGUGGGGGCUGAGGAUGCCACUCGAGGCACCGGCCGCAGUGACGCCGACGGAGAACGCCGCCGCCCCACCGCAUCCCCCCCCACACCACCACCACACGAAACAGUGCCGAGUGAAGAGCUGGGCGUGAAGCCGCCGCUGCGUGUCUUUACCGACAGCAAGUUGGUGUCUGCGAAUCUUGGCGAUGCUAGACAUUUUUUUCUGGUUGACCUGCCGCAGGAGGCGCAGGUGGUUUGGCUUUCCCAUGACCACAUUGACGACCUCGACAGGUUUCGCGAUGCGCAGUUUGUUUCUCAGUUCCCCGAAGAGAGGCUCUUUACAAGCAAGCGAGGUCUUUUGCAGCUUAUUCAGGGCCAUUAUGGGUACGUGGACUGGUUCCAGGUGAGCUACGACACCACCUCGCAGCUUCGUGAAUUUAUUGGAGACUUUAUGGUGCGACAGGCGCAGCUGCGCGGCACAGCCCCGGACGGCGUGGUCACCCCCGAUGACAUUUCCUUCCUGCGCAGUAGUGAUGGAACAAACAUAUGGAUCACGAAGCCGGUAAAUUUGGCCCGAAGCAUCGACAUGACGAUUUCCUCCAACCUCAAUGCGUUACUCAAAACCAUUGAAACCGGCCCCAAAGUGGUGUGCAAGUAUCUUGCAAACACUGCUACGCUGCGCUGUCGGAAGUUUGAUCUGCGAUUUAUUGUAGCCGUGCGUUCCUUUGCGUCGGAGGAAACACCCAUGGAAGCCUACGUCUACAAUGUCUUUUGGACGCGCUUUGCAUUGGAGGAUUACGCCUUGAACGACUUUGAUCGUUUUGAAAAACACUGGACUGUGAUGAACUACGAAAACCCUGCAAAACUAAUUCAGUUGCACGACACUGAGUUUAUUGAGGAAUUUAACGCGGAGUACGCCAGGAAGGGCUAUGGCACCUCCCUCUGGGCCAGGGACGUGUACCCCAAGAUUCGGAAAAUGCUUCGCGAAGCGCUUGGCGUAGUGAAAGUCCAUGGUACCGAUCGUCGUCGCUGCCGCGCGAUUUACGGCGUGGACGUGAUGCUGCGGGAAACUUUGGGCGGUUGUCCUCAGGCGAGGACUCUGGAGCCAUCCCUGCUAGAAAUCAACUACAGUCCUGAUUGCAAGCGCGCUUGCAAGUAUCACCCUGAAUUCUUCAACGAUGUAUUCAAAACGCUUUUUCUGGGGACGCCAGCCAACAUGACGCGGUUGUAA